CACGUGAUCUGCGGGUUUAGCUUCAACUUUCCAAUGCUCCGCAUCUUAUACCUUCGCUUGCCCGUUCGUCAUCAUAGCUUCAAUUCCAAUUUCGACACGUUUUCAUUGGCGAAUAAAUUUUCUGAAUUACAUUACAGAAACUUUGGCACGUCAAUAUGGUUCCACCGCCUAGCCGCAUUCUAGAUCUGGUCAAAGUCAAAUGUCGAAUUUUCGCCACGACCUUUAACCCUCAACGACUGCGAUUGGGAAACAAAAUCUUACGGCAGCGUCUAAGAGGACCUGCUCUGGCUUCAUGGUAUCCACGCAAAAGUGUUUCAUUUCGCGACCUGCAAGAUAUAUACAAGCCAUUGGACCUCACAACAUUUGACGAAGGCCAAGACGACAGAGAAGAAGCCAUUCAAAUUGCGAAGCUACGAGGUAAAGGGAGGCCCAAGAAGAAAAGAACCGCUGCAGAAUCGCGCAACCAGAAGAAGAAGAAAUAGUUGGCCUUGUCUCAGGUUCCUGCGUACUGAAUUUCUUAUUGUCAGCGAAAGUGUAACAAAUUAAAUUAUUUGAAUUGCAUCAACGGCGCCUGUGGAAUGUUCUGUUUAGCUACUUAUGAAUUUUACAUAUCGUUUCUGUACUUUUACUUUCCCCUACGAUACAAUGUAUGUGAUACUCGAGUGCCAGCAUAAACUUUUGAGCCUUGGACAUUUUCCUUUAAGUGCACGCCAAUUCAUUGUAGACAUAUUAGGCUCUAUGUCUGUUUUACAUGCUUCAGCCGCCGUUAGAAUUGAUAACCUGUUG